AGUGACGACUGUACUGUACUGAUAUGAAUAUCUGAUCACUCCUGGCCUGGCCUGUGAAAAGGAAAGAAGAGGUGGGGGGAGCGUGGUUUGGUGGCCAGUACUCCCCUGAUUUUCAGCAGCAGAUGGCGGCGCCGCUGCUCCCCUCUUCCGUCUCCGUGCUCCUCUCGCUACACAUCGCGCUGCUGCUGAUCCUCUGCUCCAGCCAGGUAGGGGAUUCCUGCUCCUCCGGGAGCGACUGCGGCACGGGCCUCUACUGCGGCAGUUGCCCGGCCGCAGGCAGGACAAAGCUCUCCUGCAUCAGGGACCUAGCCAUCCAGCCCACCUCCAUUGUGAAGGGGCUGCCCUUCAACAGGUACUCAUGGCUCGUCACCCACAAUUCCUUUUCCAUCCUCGGGGAGCCGUCGCGCACUGGGGUUGAGAGGGUCACGUUCUACAACCAGGAGGACUCCGUCACCAACCAAUUGAGGAAUGGUGUCAGGGGAUUGAUGCUUGAUAUGUAUGACUUCAACGAUGAUGUAUGGCUCUGCCACUCCCUGCAAGGGCAAUGCUAUAACUUCACCGCUUUUGUACCAGCAGUUGAGACACUAAAAGAGGUGGAAGCAUUUCUCUCUGAGAAUCCCACAGAGAUCAUAACAAUAUUUAUCGAGGAUUAUGUUCAAUCACCGAUGGGUCUGAGCAAGGUCUUUACUGCUGCUGACUUGAUGAAGUAUUGGUAUCCCAUCUCGGAAAUGCCAACUGGUGGCAAGGACUGGCCAAGUGUCACAGAUAUGGUUGCAAAAAACCGCAGGUUGCUGGUGUUUACUUCUGAUGAUUCAAAGGAGGCUAGUGAAGGAAUAGCUUACCAAUGGAGCUACUUGUUAGAGAAUGAAUCUGGAGAUCCAGGGAUUGUGCCUGGUUCUUGUCCAAACAGGAAGGAAUCACAGCCACUGAACUCAAAGUCUGCAUCUCUAUUUUUGCAAAAUUACUUCCCCACGAUGCCUGUGCAGAAUGAAGCAUGUAAAGAGAAUUCUGGGUUACCACAGAUGGCCCAAGCUUGUUAUGCUGCAGCUGGAAAUAGAAUCCCGAACUUCAUAGCUGUGAAUUUCUACAUGCGAAGCGAUGGUGGUGGUGUUUUUGAUGUUCAAGACAGAAUCAAUGGCCGCACCUUAUGUGGUUGUGACACCAUUGCUGCUUGCCAGGCUGGGGCACCAAUGGGUGCAUGCAAGGACACUGGGGCACCAAAUCAGACUACAUCGUCCUCUUCCUCUGUAAAUGGAAAUGUCUAUUCAGGAACUAUAGAAUUCAAGACACAUUCCACUAGUGCUGCCAGCAAUACCUCCAUCCGGAGAAGUCUUGUUUUUCUGCUAAGGCUGCAGAUGACUUCACUGCUUUUCUUAUCUUUCAGGCUUUAGUUUUUAUAUUUCGACUUUUUUUGUUGUUGUUGUUGUGAGCUUUCUUCUGUAUUGGGAUGGCGGCUAGUGCCUUGCUAGCUUUAUAAUCUAUAUAAUAUAUAGUUGAGAAGGGGAGUAGACUAAGGUUGGAUCAAUGUUAAUGCAAGAAUGAGUAGAGAUGUUACUCUGCUCUCCCGGGAGUAGUAGUACGAAUACAAAGAAACUGAUGAGUGGAUGUUCAUGCUGGUCCGUGUCAUAUGCAAAUGUUUUACUCCCUCCAUCCCAAAUUGAGAGGGGGAGUACACUUAAGAAAGAAAAAGGGUAUGAUCAUCUGA